AAAAAUAAUUGAAACCAAGGAAGAUGGAAAUGAAUAUGACGGAUUCAGUGAGUUUUAUGAUUAACAAUGAUUAAAUCACUAUGUGUUAUUUUCUUUUUUAAAUUACAAUCUUGAUUUUGUAAACUAAAUUUAUUUAUAAAAAUAACAAAAACAUGUUUGUUGAUAAUGGACGUUCAAAAAAUCUUUAAUUAACGCGAUUCCAUGAAAACAUACGUCAUAAGUUAGCAGAAGGGAAGAAGACACGUCAUUUUAUUUAACAUUGUUGACAUCCGUUGUUGUUUUGAUUCAGCCAAUGUCUACGCCAACAUGUCCAGCUCACCACAACACGGAGAGACCAAUACAGAGCUGAUCGUUACGUCUGAAGCUGGCGAUCACACGCUGGAAGGGGACAGAGUAAGUGAUCAGUGUAAUACAGGGGUUCUCAACCUACCUAACGCUGCGACCCUUUCAUACAGUUCCUCAUAUUGUGGUGAGCCCCCAAUAAAUUAUUUUCGCCUAAACUUCAUAAAUAUGUGUAUCCCGAUGGUCUUAGGCGACCCCUGUGUAAGGGUCGUUUGAACCUCAAAGAGGUUGCGACCAACAGGUUGAGAACCGCUGAUAUAAUAGAACUUAAUAUUCUAUUUUAUUUUAUUUUUAUUUUAACCACUUUCUUUCAGGAAAAUCGAAGGGAAAAUUAAACUGGAUCGAAAUAUUUAGUAAUGUAUAUUUAUCAGCUUAUAGCUUUACUGUUUUACGCGAUUUGUCUUUUGUCAAAAUAAAAGUGCUUCAAAAAGCUAGUUUGGAAAAUAGCAAGGUUUUGAGUUUAUUUUAACUAUUUCAUUAAGAACUGUGAGAAGUGUGUCUACUUAAGCAGACAGAGGAGAAUACUUUUUAUAUCAACCAACGCAAUUUUGUUGUGUUCCUAGAACUCUGGGAGAUACGUCUCUGACCAAGGCCUGGUCUACGUCACACUGGCCCAUACACAGAGCAUCAAGAAAUCACCGCGCAAGGUGUCCAUCAAGAAGGAAGUGGAAUCUGUCGAAUACGUCACAAUCGAUUACGUCAGAACCGGACUGCAGCAGGAUGAGGAUCUAGACAAGGAAGAGAAAUCUCAAGUGAAAGGAAGUGGGGAUAUGGAGAUGGUAGAUAUUUCAAAUACUGCAGGAAACGAGGACUCGUUUGAUGCCAACAAGAGUUUGGAGAGCUGUCAAGUGGACAAUAAGGAUGAUGCGAAGCUGUUGGGGUAAUAAGAGGCUUGCUUUAAAAUAGAUUUGAUCACGUGAGCAUUUCUUUAACGUUUAAAAGUAUAUGUAUUUUCACUUUCGUGAUUUGGUUUCAACAUUUAGACAAUGAAAUAAACGUGCCUAUGGUUGAUAUGGACCUGGAAAGAUUUUUAAGAUUUAAUGUGUCUCUCUAAAUCAGUGGUUAUCAAUCUUUCUAAAGCCGUGACCCUUUAAUACAGUUCCUCAUGUUGUGGCGACCCCAGACAACAAAAUUAUUUUCGUUGGUACUUUAUAACUGUAGGGUAUAUGUACUUUCAGAUGGUCUUAGGCGACCCCUGUGAAAGGGUCGUGCAACCCCGAAAGGGGUCGCGACCCACAGGUUGAGAACCACUGCUCUAAAUCCUUAUGCAGUCUUAAAUUAGUUCAAAUGUACUGUUGUUGUUUUUAUUUCGAAGAUGAUUAUACAUUUGAAUAGGUGGCGCUUGCUUCAUAUCAGCAAAUUUCCUAUACAGCCCCCCCCCCCACACACACACACAAACACACCUUUUAUUUUUCUCUUUCAAAUGUCAACUUUUCUUUUACAAAGAGUUCCCCUUCGGGUAUAUAGUUACCUUUUUAGAACAAUGAGAUUUCUUAACAAUGCUUACCUGGACGACGUGGUGUGGUCUUUAUAAAAAAAUCUCUCGGAAUCGUUCCACCAACUCUUUCAAUCUCGGUCCCCAUCCAUGGACCAGUUACGUGUGAGCGAGGAUAGUGGUCAAAUGGAAAUAAUUUUUCCUCUAUCGAUAGACCCAUUUUCAACUAGACAUGUCGAACAUAUCUUCUUUUAGCCUAGUUAAACACGCGGUGACUCCAGCUAAGCACCAUUGACAAACAUACGUAGGCGAUCCGGACAAAUGGGGGAAUUUUAGUGCUGGUAAUUUUGUUGCAUAUCGUAAUGCACGUCGCGGAUAUUUGAUUGUUUUUAACUCUAUAAUUAAGCAAAUUUUUGUUAAAAUGUAU